GCUAUUGGCCAAGGAGGUGCGGGGGGUGGGCGCAGCGCUGGGGUACAAGCCGUGGGUGUGGGAACCCCUGCUUCUGGCUGGUGCUGCGGGGCGAGUGGUCAGCGGCGGCUCCCCCGGGGAAUCUUCUCCCGUGCUGGUAGCGAGCGCAGCCCCGCCGGGCCGCCCUGUGACUGCUUCUCUCCGCCCUUCCUGCCUUGGGGGGGGUCGCCUAAGCUUGCAAAAUGGCUGACAGCCGGGACGACGCCUCGGACCAGCUGAAGCAGUGGCGGAGCCAGCGGGGCUCGCAGAACCCAGAUGUCUUGACCACGGGUGCUGGGAACCCCGUAGGGGAUAAACUGAAUAUCCUGACAGUGGGGCCGCGUGGACCUCUUCUCGUUCAAGAUGUUGUUUUCACUGAUGAGAUGGCUCAUUUUGACAGAGAGAGGAUUCCUGAGAGAGUCGUGCAUGCAAAAGGGGCAGGAGCCUUUGGCUAUUUUGAAGUCACUCACGACAUCACCCAGUAUUGUAAGGCGAAAGUGUUUGAACACAUUGGCAAAAGAACUCCGCUUGCCAUACGGUUCUCCACUGUGGCUGGAGAAUCUGGCUCUGCUGAUACAGUUCGUGACCCUCGAGGCUUUGCAAUGAAAUUCUACACAGAGGAGGGUAACUGGGAUCUCGUGGGCAAUAAUACUCCUAUCUUCUUUAUCCGGGAUGCACUGUUGUUUCCGUCCUUCAUCCAUAGCCAGAAGAGGAACCCUCAGACUCACUUGAGGGAUCCAGACAUGAUGUGGGACUUCUGGAGUCUCCGACCAGAGUCUUUGCAUCAGGUGUCUUUCCUGUUCAGUGAUCGUGGCAUUCCCGAUGGUUAUCGCCACAUGAAUGGAUACGGAUCACACACUUUUAAACUGGUUAACGCUAGUGGAAGAGCAGUUUAUUGCAAAUUCCAUGCGAAGACUGACCAGGGCAUCAAAAAUCUUCCUGUUGAAGAAGCAGGAAGGUUGGCUUCUACCGAUCCUGAUUAUGCAACGCGUGAUCUUUACAAUGCCAUUGCCAAGGGGGACUAUCCGUCCUGGUCUUUGUACAUUCAAGUUAUGACCUUUGAAGAAGCGGAGAAGUUUCCAUUUAACCCUUUUGAUGUAACUAAGGUUUGGCCACAUGGCGACUACCCUCUCAUCCCUGUGGGAAAGCUCGUCUUGAACAGGAACCCCGUGAAUUACUUUGCGGAGGUGGAACAGAUGGCGUACGAUCCUUCCAACAUGCCGCCCGGUAUCGAGCCCAGCCCCGACAAAAUGCUGCAGGGUCGUCUUUUUUCGUAUCCCGACACUCACAGACACCGCCUGGGACCCAACUAUCUGCAGAUCCCUGUGAACUGCCCCUUCCGAGCUCGCGUGGCCAAUUACCAGAGGGAUGGGCCGAUGUGUGUUUCUGACAAUCAAGGUGGUGCUCCAAACUAUUAUCCAAAUAGCUUUAGCGGCCCGGCGGAUCAGCCCAUUCUGAAGGAGAGCCGCAUGUGUGUCACGGGAGAUGUGCAGCGCUUCAAUAGCGCUAAUGAAGAUAACGUGACCCAGGUGCGGAUGUUCUACACCAAAGUGCUGAACGAGGAGGAGCGCCAGAGGCUGUGUAAAAAUAUCGCUGAUCACCUUAAAGAUGCGCAACUCUUCAUCCAGAAGAGAGCGGUGAAAAACUUCACUGAUGUUCACCCUGACUAUGGUGCCCGUAUUCAGGCUUUGCUGGACAAAUACAACGCCGACAGUGGGAAAAACGAUGUCAUCAGGACGUAUACACAAUCCACAUCCCGCGUGUCUGCCAGAGAAAGAUCCAACUUGUAAAAUGUGCUGCAGAGAUUUACCCUAUGGAUUUUGCGUCCUUGUAACUGCAGGACAACCUGAUGAAGCUGUUGAUGAAUGUAGCCGACUUCCGCACAAAUAAUGAAGCAUUUUACAGGCUUGAUUUAUUAAGCUUUCAAGUGCCUGUAUUAGAAACUAGAUAACACAAGCUAACAAUCCUAGUGCCUUUCAACACUAGUGCUUUACUGCUUGUUAACAACAUACGGUGUUUUUAAGGAAAUUUAUGAUUAAAAAUUGUCUCCAUUUCUGGAAGCAAAUGUGAGUUUAAUCAAAAUGCUGUUUUUUUUUGGUCAAAGUUUCCUGACUAAAUCAAACAAUAGCACUUCUAUAAUAAUACUGUGAUCAUCCUUAUGGAUAAACUUCAUGAUAAAGUUGAUGUUGCUCAGUAUUUCUAAUAAAACAGCUGUCUGUAUGUAUUCGUAGACAGCUCCUUUCAAUUUCAUUUUUGGCCUUCUGAAAGUUAAUCAAUGAUAUCCAGUAGUUUGAGUAAAGUGUUGGUUUUGUCUCAUUCCUUAGGACAGAAAUGAAGCAACUAGGAAUUUGAAUCUCAAUAUAUGUGAAUCUAUUCCUAAUACAUAUUUUAAGGUAAUCUGUGCUUAUUAAUACUAGGUUGGAUAUAACUGACCUAACGGCAGUAGGAAAGGGUAUUUUCUUAUUUCAUACACUAUCCAACUGAAUUGAUUCCAUCUUAAAUUCCUUUGGGGGGGGUGUGGAAUUAUUCUUUCCAAUCUGUAAGAAUUUAAAUAGAAAAAUAUUGAUUUUCCAAAUGUCUGAGAGAUUAACCUCCAAAUGCAUGAAUAUUUUUGUUGGUCAAAUUUAAGCUCAGGCAUUUUUAAAAGCUAUUCCAAACACUUGCUUAAAUUCUGUUCUUUUAUUGCCAUACUCCGACAUCGGUAUCUAUUGGUCAAGCCAGAGCUAAUUUCAGAGUUAGACUUCAAUUAAAGUGCCAUGUUUAUGAAUGUGACUGUCUAUAGCUACAUAUGUGGAUAAAACCUGAUUUUAGGCACGUUUUCAUGUUAUUUAACUUAGUUAAUCAGUUGAAAAGAUUUUGGAACAAUUGUUCCCUGUUAAUUCCUUAGAUCCAAAGGAGUUUCUUCAGCUUAGGGAUGUUUUGUUUUCUUUGCAGUCUUGCAGCAUAAUCUUUAAUCAGUUCUUACUAAUAGUCACUAAUUGGCACAAAAUGAAAGUGUUUAUAUUUGAGAGUUUAGAGGAACAGUUAAGUGAUAAUUUUGGUAUUUCUGGAUUUAUCUUGGUUGGAUCUGGGUAGUGUUGGCCUAAGAAUAUUAUCUACAUUUUAAUGCUUUAUUAUACAAGCGCACAACAAAACCAAGGCUUCAACUGUUGUUUUAUGAAGGCCAAAAUCCCACCUAGUAUUUUUUCUUAUUUGGAAGGUAUUAGCUAGUUAUGGGGUAAUUAGUAUCCAAGCUGACUGGUGGAGUUCUGAAUAAAAAUCUGUCAUAGGUGUUGCAUGUCAAAUUUAAUCCUAACAGGCUAAAAGAGAAGCUCACCUCAAGUUUUAGUAACUCUGCCUGUUUGUUCUUCUUCCUAUGCCAAAGAGAGAGAUCAGUGCAUUCAUGUAAUUAGUCCAGAUCCUUGUUGUGCAGCAUUAACCCUCAUUUGCAAUAUUUGCUUUCCUUGUUUGCUUGCUGAUACUGCCUACAGCAUUUGGAUUGGAAAAAGCACAAAUAUAAUACAUAUUAAAUUAACUUAGACUCACAUUAAAUACAAAGAACUUCAGAGCCUGCCUACUAGCUUUUAACUCAAGUAAAUGUUAAAUUUCCAGUCAUGGCAGGUUUGGAUUUUUUUUUUUCAAUAAUUUGUGCAUUUGUGAGUCUUAAAUGCCGAAUCAGGGAAUAUUCCUAUUCAAAACACAAUUGAAGUGUGAAUUGGUGUUCUAAGAAGUGAUGGCAGAUACUAAGUGCUGCUCCAUUAAAUUGUAGAAAACUGCUACUUCUCCAGCUUAUUUAUCCACUAACCUAUUGUGAAAAAUUAGCUGUGGUAAAAUAAUUAAAUGCAGUAAAAUAAUAUGAACUCAAUAGCCUGUUCUGGGAUUCAAUUGGAUUUUCACCCGAUGGAGCUGAAAGAGCUUUGUGAGUGGGUGGGAAUAUUUCUGGCUGGAACAUAAAAUCCUAAUGAGUUUUGGAAAAGAAUAAGCAAGGCUUAAUUGUUUAAUUUUGUCUGCAUCUUCUAAAUGAAUUAUAUUGUCUUCCACUUAUUUCUGAAAUAAAACUGAAUUUAACAACC